AUGACCGACCUAGAAGUAUCAGCUAUCCAAGUGAUUGACGAGAACAAGGUGUUCAAUUCUCUUUUAGUAGAUUACAUGAAACAAUUCUACUCACAGAAUAAUUCAUCCGACGACAAAGGACUAAAUUAUCAUAUUGUCUCCGUUUUUGGAUCCCAAUCUACUGGUAAAUCAACUCUUCUAAACCAUUUAUUUCACACAAAGUUUGACGUUAUGGAUGAGUCCCAAAGACAACAAACAACCAAAGGUAUAUGGCUUGCCCACGCAAACCACAUCUCCAGCUCUAACGAGAGCGGCGACUUUGCUAACAAUACCAAGAACGUAUUUGUCAUGGACGUGGAAGGAACUGAUGGUAGAGAACGAGGAGAAGACCAAGAUUUCGAAAGAAAAGCUGCUCUAUUUGCUUUGUCAACUUCAGAAAUUCUAAUUAUUAAUAUCUGGGAGCACCAAGUCGGAUUGUAUCAAGGCGCCAACUUGGGGUUGCUCAGAACUGUCUUUGAAGUUAAUUUGUCAUUGUUUGCCAAAAAUAAGCAACGUUGCCUUCUUUUGUUUGUCAUUCGUGACCAUGUUGGGAACACAUCAUUGGAAAGCCUUUCCGACGUGUUGACUCUGGAUCUGCAAAAUAUUUGGAGCCAAUUGAACAAACCUCAAGGGACUGAGGGGUUUGAACUGGAUGAUUUCUUUGACUUGAAGUUUGUUGCCCUUGCUCAUAAGUUAUUGCAACCCGAUAAAUUUAUCGAGGACAUCUCAGUUCUUGGUGACAAAUUCAUAAGUGAAGACCAAUUAUUCAAUGAGGGAUAUCAUCGUGCUAUCCCUAUUGAUGGCUGGUCAAUGUAUGCUGAACAAGUUUGGGAACAAAUUGAAACCAAUCAAGACUUGGAUUUGCCUACUCAGCAGAUUUUGGUGGCGAGAUUCAGAUGUGAUGAGAUUUCUUCUCAAGUUUACGAGUCCUUUCACGAACAAUUUGUGAAAUCAAACUGGGACGACUUGUCAUUUACUGAAAUUGGCAAUUCAUUGAAAGAAUUACGUCAGAAUGCUGUCCAACAAUACGACAUAUUGGCUGGUAGAUAUUCAGAGUCAGUAUAUUUACAAAGAAAAAAACUUUUAGUUCAAAAAGUUGACCUUUCAAUCUUGGAAGUCUACACAUCUGUUCUUCAAAAGCUCAUCAGGCAGAGUAGAGAUCUAUACUUAAAACAAAUUGAGUCAUCUUUAACCAAAAAGGAAGCCGGCAUUAUUUUUUACCAGGUGUUGGACAAUGCUGAACGAGAAAGUUUAAAGUAUUUUAACGAGAACACAUCACUGAUUUCAUUUGUCGAUGUCGAUGACUCAGAAGCUAGAAGUUAUGAUCCUUCCCCUAAGCUAAGAGAAUUAGAGGAAGAGCUCUCCAACUUGAGAACAGAAUUGGUUAAUAAAGAACAGGAGAAUAUUAAAACCAAAAUUCCUAGGAAGUUCAAAUCUCAUUUCAAAUUAAUUGUUCAAGAUGAACUUUCAAAUAUCAAGCCAUCAUCAUGGGAGGAACUUUUGGAUCAAUUCAGACAGGUUUCUGAGAAACUAUUGGCCAAGUACAAAAGCCCUGACUCUAAUUAUGAUUUCCAUUUGGGUUUGAGUAAGGAGAAGAAUAAAGAACUGCACGAGCAAGUCCUUAUCAAGUUUUGGAUCAAGUUUAAAGAAAUAUUGAACGAUUUUGUCACUGAAACAAAUGUUCUAAGACUUUUAGUUUCCAAGUUUGAAGACGAAUUUCGAUACGAUGAGGAAGGAUUGCCUGUAGUCUGGAAGAAUUCCGCUGAGAUUGAUGUCAAGUUUGCUAAAGCAAGAAACUCUGCUUUAGACUUAUUGCCUUUAUUUUCUUUAGCUCACACAGCCGAAGGGGAAAUUCUGCCAGAUUAUGAUAUUGCCCAUGAUGAGGCCGAAGCCGAGUCUGACAACGAAGAAGACGAUGGGUUCAAAGAGUCACAUAAGUUUGCUCACCUGUUAAGUGCUAGGGAUCAAGAUGCAAUUCGAAACAAGUUCAAGAAACAAACGGAUGCACUUUAUGUCGAAACCAAGAGAUCGGUGAUCAACAGUAAAACUGAAGUUCCGCUUUAUAUCUAUGCCUUGUUACUAGUCUUGGGAUGGAAUGAGUUCAUGAUUAUUUUACGAAACCCAUUGCUGAUCACGUUGUUAUUAAUUGGACUUACAGGUCUCUACCUUGGCUACAAAACGAAACUUUUGGGACCCAUUGUCCAGGUGGUACAGGCCAUGAUACAAGAGUUGCAAGAUCAGGCUAAAAACAAGCUAAGGGAUGUUUUAGUGUCUGAGCCUGAAGCGCCAUCUCAAGUAAGGAUUGGAAAGGAAGUAGACGCUACAAAGGAUGAGGAUUAA